GGAACUCAUUGUGCUUGUUAUUUCAAGAUCUCGUGUCCAUGAACACUCAGACAGUCAGCGCUUAGUGUUCUCAAUACACAGCUAACAUGUUUGAUCGUCAUCGAACUUCUGGAAUGUCUGGAAUCAUUGUCAUAGUUUUUCUCUGCUUCUCUCUGGUAUCCAUGGACACUUGUCCUGAUGCGGGCACACCUGGUUUGCCAGGUAUCCCUGGGCUUCCUGGACGCGAUGGAAGAGAGAGAAUAAAGGGAGAUAAUGGAGAUCCAGGGAUUCCUCUCAGAGACGAUACUACAGUAAAAGGAGAAAAGGGAGAUGCUGGAGUUAUAGGAAGCCGUGGAAAGAGAGGUCGCCCAGGUGAAGCUGGUGACAUAGGGCCACCUGGUCCCCCUGGGGAGCCAGGAGAUAAUGCUGAAUUUGGAGACACCACAUCUCUUCAGCAGUCUGCGUUCAGCGUAUCACGUCUUACAAGAAACCCACCAGAACCCCAUGCUGUUAUACGCUUCAGUAAAAAUAUCACCCUUAUCAACAGCCAUUUCAAUAAUGAUGGAAAAUUUGUUUGUCAAAUUUCUGGGUACUAUUAUUUUGUGUUUCAUGCAACUUCUUAUGACAAAAAUCUUUGUGUUGUCCUUAUGGUUGAUGGAACUAAGACAGCUACUUUCUGUGAUCAUCAGAAAACCCCCAAAAGCCUGCAAGCGCCUUCUGGUGGCUUGGCAAUUUCCCUGAAACAAAACCAGAACGUUUGGCUACAAACAAACAGCUAUAAUGGCAUGUUUGCAGGGGAUGUGGGUGACAGUGUUUUUUCAGGUUUCCUGAUCCACGCUCUUUAAUGUUGCACUUGUUUUUUAAUGAAAAUGAGCAAAUUAUUUUUACUUGUUUCAAACUUUAUGGAACAUUACACACAAUAAAGUGUUGACUGCUGAUUCAAUAAAAAAAUGCAAUAUGCUUAAAUAUA